AUGGAUAGUGGCGCGGCCUGGGUAUCCGCCAAUAUUGCCUAUGCGGAGAAGGCGAGAGAGGCCAAGUCUGGCGGACAAGGCGAGUUCAAAGACAAUCACACUCCUCUUGUCACCAAGUCGAUACAUGCAAAAGACAUGUCUCCUGAAGAAUCCCGCCCAAAACAGCUGGUGGCUGAGUCGCGACAACGCGGAAGGCGAUCGUGCACUCACACCUUCAUCAUGUGUCGAUAG